AUGAGGCUGUGGAAUACGUGCGCUUGGAGCCAGGACUGGCCAAAAUGCGACAGCGGCAGCUGUAAAGACGGCUGGACUGAGCUCUUCAGUUCUCACUCGGGCAGUGGCGGAUCGGACUGCAGCGGGAAGCAGAAGCGCAAGUACUGCUGCGAUAAUCAGCGGGAUUUCCAGUGGGGCAACUGCGAGUGGUACGAGCACGCCGGUGAAUUCCCCGGAUCUCUUCCCGAUGGCCAGUGCCUCGGAGGCUGCCCCAACAACAAGUACGCUGUCAGUCUCGAGACAAAGGGCGGGGGAUGCAGCAGCGGUGCUCGUGCUAUGUGCUGCGAGAACGGCUACCAAACCAGAGAAAAGCGCAUGAAUAGCAAUGACCAGGAGUUUGAUUACAUGCUGAGCCAGUUUCUGCCUGACGCCAAGUGCUCGAGCGACGCCGACAGCAAGCUCGGCCGCGCGCAGACGAUCAUCAUCAAGAGCCUCCAGAGGAUCAUGUACAGCUCCACGACUGCUGCCACGCGCAAGGUCUGGGAUUCGCGCGUGACGCUCCAGUUCAAGCACCUCACGGCAGCCAACCUCGCCGUGUUUGCGCAAAAGGACGGUUCCGCCAUCAGCGUCGGCCUGGACGUGUUCCCAGGCCGCCUGCUCUGCGCCAUGACCUUUUAUAACUCCCGCCUGGGCGGCGAGGUCGACGAGACGUGCGAGUGCGGGCGGAAGCCGUGCUGCUCCAACAACAUCUGCCCCCGUGACGACGACGAGGGGCUGGCCGGCCGCGGCGUGUACAGCCUGCUGGUGGGCCGCAACGCAUCGGAAGUUGAUGACGAGUAUGCGUUCCUGAUGGGCUUGUACGACGACGAUGAUGAUGAUCACUACUCGGAUAUAUCUUCGCGCGACGUAAUAUCUUAUGAUUGGAAAGUCUUUUCGCCAUGGGUUGGCGACUACGUGAGCGGUGCAUACAAGAACAUAGAUUUUCCUUCAUCUGGCGAAGGGAAAUCUGGCGACUCAGUUUUCAGCCGCGCGAUCGACUUCAUCAGCCAGGCGUGUAAGGAUUUCGGCACAAUCACGGUGAACAUAAUUACCAAUACGGGAUUUGACAGCGAGCACAUUGUGGAACGCCAGUCCGUUCGCAGCUUGAUCGAGUCGACCUUGACUGGAGAGCUCGCGUCAGGCGCCGAUUCCGACUUUGCACCGCUGGAUCCGGUCUUCUGGACGACAAUCAUGCAAGAACAGGUUACGGAUCGUCCGACCGUUUUCAAGAUGAAGACGAAAGUCAGCACUCGCAUGGAUCAUCUCAUGAAUGGUCUCGGGAGCUACACCAACACCGACGUCUUUGCUCUUGCGGCGUCAGGUCUCAACAAUAUGAAAAGCAAAUUGUGGAAGGAAGACGUCAAGAAUCUUGUCGCACCAGGCACCAUGAAAAAGCUCCGUCAAGACACGAGGGACCGAGCAAGCGCCUCAAGGUACAUCAAAAACAUUCGCAAGGUGACUGCCAGCCUUCAGUACCUGAACAAUCCAACGGUCGUCAAGCUGCUCUUAAUCAUCAUCCAGGACAUCAAGAAGGAGCUCAGCCUGGCCGAGGCAGUCUACUAUGCCGCCAACAACAUCCACCUGAACAUGGAAGGCCGCUUUGACGAGUGGUUCAUCGAUUUCCUCGGCGUGCUCGCGGACAAGGUCGUCAAGUUUGUCGCAACAGAGGCCGUCGAGGGCACGAAAGUCUGGGCACCGCUGACGGGGCCAGAUUCGGCGUGGGUGUUGGAGCUCCUCAAUCUUGCAGAAAAAUCUGCCAAAGACUUCCAGCUCGACAAGGCUCUCAAGGCUGCUCUGCGAAAGUCGUGA